AUGGACUUCUCCCUCCUUUUCGCCAACAAGAUCCUCUUUGUGACGCUUGUCCUAGCAACCAUCGGAUGGCUCGUCGCCUUCAUUGGCCAAGCAGCGGCAGAAGCAGACAAUGACACACCUCUGGGACGAGUAUGGUUUGGCAUCUUUGUGCAACUGUUCGUCAUCCUAGGCGUCGCAGUCACCCUUGCUUCUGAUUCUAUUGGCAUGGCUAGACUGCAGCUCACCGCCUGGAUCGUCGUCGCCCUCGUACUCGCUGUUCUGGGCAUCGAUGAGGGCAUCUACUCAUCUACAUCGUCCUACGAGGCCAUGGCGGCAGGGUACUUUAUCCUCACAAUCGUCAACAUCAUCUGGCUAUUCUUCUUCACAUCGGAGGAAGGAUCUCCAAUCUUCAACCUCUUCCACUCCUGGGGCGGUGGCGGGCAGCUGUCAGGUGGUGGAGGCAUGGGCUUCGGAGGAGGCCGGAGAAACAGAGGCGCUACCGGCGUUCGUGGAGGGCCAGGCGGUAUGAGAAUGGGCAACAACAGCAACUCAGCAAAUGGCAACGGAUCGGCCUUUGGGGGAGGGUAUGGCUCAAGUGGUGCCGCAUACCAACCUGCGUACGGGCAAUCUCCGUCCACGGCCGAUGUGACCGGCGGUAACAAGGCGCAGCGCAACGGAGGCGGAAGCCAAGCGGGCUCAGACAUGGGAGGAGCGCACACUGCGGCCCGGUCAGCUUCGCAACAUCGCAACCUUACCCCUCAACAUUCCUCGGCAGCCCUGGCGGCUGCUGGUGGCGCCGCAGGAGGGGACGGCGCCAGCUCGCCGUCGCAUUACACCACCAAUGCUCCUUCCGUCGGGGCUGCUGAUCCUCUACCAGGCUAUGGCUACAAGGCAAGAGCCCUGUACGCCUACAGCGCCAACCCGGACGAUCCUACGGAGAUUGGCUUUGCCAAGGGAGAGAUCCUGAACAUCGUGGACAAUAGCGGCAAGUGGUGGCAGGCCAAGAAGGAUACAGGAGAGACGGGCAUUGUGCCGAGUAACUACAUGCAAUUACUGUAA